AUGCGUCUAUACAAGUGCUGGGUGUCGGGAACAGAAAAGGAGAUUGAAACGGAGGAAGUCAGUUGGAGCUACGAACGAGAAGCUGAAGCUAUGAACAAGGCCUCGGGCUAUCUUCUGGAGAUCAAGGGCUACAAGACGAAACUCCAGGAGAAUGGAGUGGACAAGGGGUUGAUGGAUGCCCUGCUCUCUUCGAUGAUGCAACACCAUGCUUUCAUUUCCGAGCACCGUACCAACCUCGAGGCAGCUGUGGCUACGGGCCAGAAAGGUCAGCCACUGGAGGAGCUAACUAUGGCUCUGACGCAGGCGAAUUCUACCUAUGUGACCCAGUCGAAACAUGUGAAGGUGUUCUAUGUAGGUGUCAAGAUCAUGAUCACAAAGCCGGGGAAUGCUGGAGCCUUCACAAGUGAUGACACUGCCUUCGCCGACUACCUCUUGAAGUCCUUGGGAGUGGGUGCCUCUAGGUGGGACCUUUCCUUGGACAGCGAGUUCGAACGACGAUCCAACGAGGAUGCACUGGUCAAUGCCAUGGGUGAUCUGAACCCACUUACCGCAUGUGAUUCUUUGGUGUUGGCCAAAUUGCUGAGAAGCUUCAUCGGGCCACAGCACUCUGUGCCGUGGUUAACAGCUGGCAUGCUUCACGAGGGGAAACCAGGCAGCUUUGCUACACUCACAUUAAAAGCAUUCAACGGCCGCAUCUUUGUGGCAUUUCUGCUUGUGUGCAUCGAAGCCCUGGGAAAGCAACUUUUGCAUCAAGAUGCUGAAGUGGAGAUGGCUAUCCUGGCUACGCGCACACUCGUGCGUUGGUUUCAUGCACAAGAAACUGCACCUCGCUUCCUCACACUUGAGACACUGGGCUGCUACAGUUAG